CCUCUGUUUUAUUUCUCUUGUAUCCCUAGAUUUGUGGAGAAAAACACCGGUAAAAUCAGGUGCAGAUUUUGCUCUGCUUCAUUGGGGUCAGUAACUUUCUCUAUUUCUCCUCUGCUUCUCAAAAAAUUUCGUCUAUUUGGAAAGACCCAUAUCAAAUUGAGACAUCUGGAUUGAUUUGAUUGGAUUUCGUGGACUCCAUCGAUCUUCAGAUCGUGCCAAGCUUUUAGCUCUUCCUGUGGGGUUUUGAUUCAUCUCCUUACCAGAUUUUGAGGUUAUAGUUCUCAUUUAAGUCUUUAGAUGAAGUUGUUCGAUGACUUGGCUACAUUUUUGAUUACGCCAUUUGCAGUUUUGACGCGUUGAUUCGACUUGGAAACCAAAAAGUCGAGUGCUUUUGAUUGGGAAGUAGUUAUUAUAGCUGACCCUUAACAAUGAAAAGGGUAAAAAGCGAAUCUUUUAGAGGGGUUUAUAGUUCUACUAGGAGGUUCAAGUUGUCACAUUUCUUGCUAGCUAUUGCUGGGUUUUACUUGGUUUUCUUGGCGUUUAAGUUCCCACAUUUCAUCGAGAUGGUUGCUAUGUUAAGUGGGGAUACUGGUUUAGAUGGGGCGUUAAGGGAUACUGGUUUGGAUGUUAGUUUAAGCGGGUCGUUACACAGUGACAUGUUGAAUAGGAAGCUAGACGAUGAAGAGAAUCAAAGUGGUCCUUCUACUACUCAGAAUGCGCCACAAGAAGAGAAGUUCAGUGGAUCUAAACCGAUUCAGCCACUUCGUUUUCGGUAUGGUCGAAUAUCGGGAGAGGUCAUGAGACGUAGGAAUAGAACUAUCCAUAUGUCACCCUUUGAAAGAAUGGCAGAUGAGGCUUGGAUUCUUGGAUCCAAGGCUUGGGAAGAUCUUGAUAAGUUUGAGGUAAAGAACGUUGACGAGAGUUCUUUGAUUUACGAACGGAAGGUCGAAUCAUGUCCUUCUCAGAUCUCAAUGAAUGGAGAUGACUUGAAUAAAACCAAUAGGAUCAUGUUGCUUCCCUGUGGUCUUGCUGCAGGAUCUUCUAUUACAAUUCUUGGAACUCCACAGUACGCACAUAAAGAAUCUGUGCCUCAGCGUUCGAGAUCGAUAAGAGGCGAUGGAAUGGUUAUGGUUUCACAAUUUAUGGUUGAGUUGCAAGGGCUGAAGACAGGGGACGGGGAAUAUCCCCCUAAAAUUCUUCAUUUGAACCCUAGAAUUAAAGGUGAUUGGAAUCACCGGCCAGUCAUUGAACACAAUACAUGCUAUAGGAUGCAGUGGGGGGUUGCUCAAAGAUGUGACGGUACUCCAUCCAAGAAGGACACAGACAUGCUUGUUGAUGGAUUCCGUAGAUGUGAAAAGUGGACAAGGAAUGACAUAAUUGACAUGGUGGACUCCAAGGAAUCAAAGACAACUUCUUGGUUCAAACGGUUUAUAGGACGUGAACAGAAACCAGAAGUCACUUGGUCAUUCCCUUUUGCGGAAGGCAGGGUCUUUGUCCUAACUUUGCGAGCUGGAAUUGACGGUUUCCAUAUAAAUGUUGGAGGACGGCACGUAUCUUCAUUUCCUUAUCGACCGGGGUUUACCAUAGAAGAUGCCACAGGACUGGCAAUUACUGGAGAUGUUGAUAUUCACUCUGUUUAUGCUACUUCUCUUUCAACAUCUCAUCCGAGUUUCUCACCUCAGAAAGCAAUAGAUUUUUCUUCAAAAUGGAAAGCUCCUCCAUUGCCUGGCAUUCCUUUGCGCCUUUUCAUGGGUGUUCUAUCUGCAACUAACCAUUUUUCAGAGCGCAUGGCAGUGAGAAAGACAUGGAUGCAGCAUCCUUCAAUUAAAUCUUCAGAUGUAGUAGUCCGAUUCUUUGUUGCAAUUAAUCCUAGAAAGGAAGUCAAUGCAAUGCUGAAGAAAGAGGCUGAAUAUUUUGGAGACAUUGUGAUUCUGCCCUUUAUGGAUCGUUACGAGCUUGUGGUCCUUAAGACAAUUGCUAUUUGUGAAUUUGGGGUCCAGAAUGUGACAGCUCCAUAUAUAAUGAAAUGUGAUGAUGACACAUUUAUCAGAGUGGAAUCAAUUUUGAAACAACUCGAUGGAGUCUCUCCGGAAAAAUCACUCUAUAUGGGAAAUCUAAAUCUUCGACAUCGUCCUCUUAGAACUGGAAAGUGGGCAGUUACAUGGGAGGAGUGGCCAGAAUCUGUUUAUCCUCCUUACGCCAAUGGACCCGGAUACAUAAUUUCAAGCAACAUUGCUAAGUAUAUUGUUUCUCAGAAUUCAAGACACAAGCUUAGGCUGUUCAAGAUGGAAGAUGUGAGCAUGGGAAUGUGGGUAGAGAAAUUCAACGCCUCAAUGCAGCCUGUUGAAUACUCACACAGCUGGAAAUUUUGCCAAUAUGGAUGCACAUUGAACUACUACACUGCACAUUACCAAUCUCCGAGUCAGAUGAUGUGCUUGUGGGAUAAUUUGUUGAAAGGCCGAGCACAAUGUUGUAAUUUCAGAUGACAAAACAAAGCCCUAGCAGGGAGAUAACAUGAUUACAGAUUAGGCACCACCUUAACUUUUUUUUUGUAUUUUUCCUCUUUGGUGUCAGUAGGUUGGUUUACACAUUUGCACAUUUAUGCAUUCAAGAUAGCAAUCUCCUAUUGUACAUUGGUGUCCAUUGAGUAGGAUGUUAAUCUCAGAAAGAGUUUUAUACUGAUAUCUAAGCACAUUUUUUUCAAAA